AUGGCUCAGACGACUCUCACCAAACUGCUCGACAGAUCCUCCGAUCUGCGACCUUCAUCAUCGAAAUGGCCACUUGCUCUAUCUCUCAGGGGUCUGCUCGGGGCUGCCGGCGCCGCUUGGUGGUAUAAGCAGACAUACGGCCUGCCAAAGAGCCUGCGAAUCAGAGAUGCUGCCUCUACCGAUCCAGGCCUUCUCCAGAAAGGAACCACCUUCGAGCGAUACGAGACGCCCUCAGGCCAUGUUUAUCCGAGGAUCCGCACAUUCUACCUCGAACACUCGAAAGCGAACAAGUUGCCGCAAGACAUUCCCCUGCUCGUGUUUAUGCACGGUCUGGGCGGCUCAGCAGCACAGUUCUCUGCUCUCUUGACUUCCCUCGUCAACGUUGCGCCAUGCCUUGCAAUCGACCUUCCAGGCUGCGGUCGCUCCGAUUUCGAGCCGAACGACGACGAAGCAUACACCACACUCGCCUUUGCCGAACUCCUCUACUGCGCCAUCGAUCGGUACCGCAAGAAGGACGUCAACCAGAAGGUCAUCCUCAUCGGCCACAGCAUGGGCUGCACCAUCACGACUCUACUUGCUUCAUCGACCUCCCCGCUUGCUCAUCUGUGCGAAGACCACAUCUCUGGCGUGGUGGCAAUCUGUCCACGAUCACAUCCAUUGACGGACAAGCAGCUCCUUCAAAUCCAGCGGCUGAACUGGAUCUGGACGCCGCUCUUCAACCUGAUAAGAUUGGUCGAUCGGAGAGGUGGUGUGACCAGUGCAAGCGUUCUGCGAGUUGUCGGUAAGGACGCAGACUACGAGACUAGGAAGCUCCAGCUGCGAUUCAACCAACAGUCAAAGUCCGCUGUGUUUCAGAAGAUCCUGAGAGGACUUUACUUGCAGGAGCAGAAGACGAAAGAGAAUGGCGAAGAGUCGUUGCUGGGCAAGAGGAUAUGGAGUGGCUUGAAGGUGCCUCUGUUCUUGACUGCAGCGGAGAACGACACGCUGCAAAUGCCUGCCAGCUCGGAUCAACAGCAAGACGAAGAAGUCGCUCCAGACCAGCUGGGCUCAGCACCACCGCAAACGAUCGACCAAGCCAAUGGCUCCCAGGUCGUCAAAGAGGAAUCAUCCACCACGAAACACUCCUUCGUCCUCAAAUCCGAAAUAUUCCCCGCCCCAUCCUCCCACAGCCUCAUCUACACCACCCGCGACGUCCGCGUCCUCUCUUCCCUUAUCGAAGCCUUCCUCGCUCGCCACGUCGACGAACGUCUCGGCCAAGACUGGCAGCUCCGACACAUGACCACAUCCGGCAAAUGGGACGUGAAAAACUACAAGAAGUGGCAAGCCAUCCAGCCGUGCUCCCCACCCAUCGCAGGAAUCUUCCGCGCCAUGAAGACGAUGCGCGAGCAAGAUGACGUCCACUCCCCUCGAGAGUUCGUGAAACGCUACGGCUGGCAGAACGUCCCAGGAGGCGCGACGAUGGUGUUGGAUAUCUCACACGACACGCCGGUGUACAACUCCCAGACGCUGGACGACGCGGGGGUGGAAUACCACAAAUUCCCCACCGUCUCGAAGCAGCCGCCGACCGAGGAUGAAGUCGAACAGUUCAUCGAUAUCGUGAACCAGCUCCGCGCGAGCCCCAAGAUCGCCGGCGCCUCAGACAAGGUGAAGCCCACCAUCGCCGUGCACUGCCACUACGGUUUCAACAGGACCGGCUUCUUUCUCGUCUGCUACCUGAUCGAGAAAGAAGGCUGGAAAGUGGAGGACGCUCUCGCGGAGUUCGCGGAGAAGAGAGCGCCGGGGAUCAAGCACGAUUUCUUUGUGAACGAGCUCUUCCGGCGCUACGCGAUGAAGAUGGAGAGGAGGGGCACGAUUGUGGGGUGA